AUGGCACAGAGAACGUUUUGGAUAUAUUACAUUUUAUUAUUAAAUACAACAAUACAAAUGGUUAAUGGUGGAUUCCGAAAAUUAUUCCACAAGGAUAUCAGAUAUGAGAGACUUUCCUUGCUUAACUUUACAGAAGUUUCUAAAGAGUAUGGUUAUAAAUCUGAAGAACACACUGUGAUAACCGAAGAUGGAUAUGUUUUGACUCUAUUCAGGAUACCAAAGGGAAAGAAUUGCCACUUCACAGUACAAAGGACUCCAGUGUUAAUUAUGCACGGCCUGCUCUUAAGUUCAGACAGCUGGAUUGAUUCAGGCCCUGAAGCUGGAUUAGCAUACCUGAUAUCUGACGACUGCUAUGAUCUAUGGGCAGGCAAUGUACGAGGAAACUACUACUCUAGGAAUCAUACAAGAAUGAAUCCUGACGUUGAUCCUGAAUUCUGGAAAUUUUCAUUGAAUGAAUUCGGUGUUUAUGAUUUGCCAGCUAUUAUUGAUUACAUUCUAGAUUACACCAGAUCUAUAAAGUUAAAUUAUAUUGGAUACUCACAAAGUGGCGGGUCGUUCGUUAUUAUGUGCUCCGAAAGACCAGGAUACUGCGCAAAAGUCAGCGUCGCUAUUUUUUUGCAUCCCGCAGCAAAAAUGACAAAUGCUAAAUCACAAGCCCUUAGAAUAAUUACUGAUGUCUAUCAAAUAUUAGAACCUAUUCUCCAUAAUCCUCUAGAAUUAGAAGCAUUGCCAAAAGGUGGAUACAUUCAGAAGAUCACGCAUGAUAUUUGUCAAAAUGAUUUCAUUGCAGAUAAAAUAUGUAGGUCCAUUUUAACCAUGCUGGAUUCCUAUAAUCCUGGCUCAAUUUCAGUGUCAACCAUUCGUGCCUUAACUGGACAUUUCCCUGCGGGGACAUCUGUCAGGGUUAUGGCGUGGUUCAGCCAAGUUUUAAAUAAGGAGGAAUUCCAGAAUUUCGAUUACGGACCUGUGAUGAACAUGAAAAUUUACGGCAGAAAUCAGCCUUCAACAUAUAACUGUAAUGCCACAACGGCUCCUGUAGUAAUCAUUCAUGGUGAAAGUGAUAAUAUUGUAUCCAAAAAGGACGUAGAAUGGUUAAAAGAUCAGUUACCGAAUGUGCUUGAAGUGGUAUACGUUAAAAACCCACUGUGGAAUCACUUUGACGUGCCGUAUAGUCAACAUACGAGAGAAAUGUUAUACCCUAAGAUAGGUGAAUAUUUAUUUAAAUACAGUGGUAAUGGUGUUGGAUGA